CGAUCAGAGUCUGCUAACUGUUCUGUUUCCCAAGAAAAUGGAGCAGUAAAAAAGAUCCUCAGAUUCUCAUCGAUCUAGUGGAAGGACGAAGGAGGCAUUACUGGAAUCUCAAGUUGCAAAAUUAUGACUCAAGAUCGUGGCCGUCAUCAUGACGUCACUACACGUAAUUCUGUUGGUGUUCAUCCUUACGCAUGUCUGCUGUGGAAUGAGAUUGAAACAUGAAGCCGUGCUGAGGAACCUACAACGACGUUCCAUAGAUGUUCACAGGCAUUGCGGUGAAGAGUUUCCGUGUUUGAAUUCGACGCAGUGCGUGCCUCAGGACGCUAUCUGUGACGGGACGCCGGACUGCGACAACGGGUCUGAUGAAUGGGAAAAGGAGGAAUGUAAUGAUUUCCACACGAAUCAGUUGUGGGACGCAAUGUUUGGUGAGAAAGAUGAUUGCGAUGAUUCAGAAGAAGAUGAUGACGAUGAUUGCGAUGAUGAUGACUCAGCCAGUUAUCAAAACGAGGCUGGCAACUUUCUAAUCGAGGCUCCAUGCGAGAACGGAACAUUCCCCGAGACUUGCGAGUGCAUCGUCGAACUAGAGAAGCCCUCAGCGGCUCACCGCCCGGUGAGAUUCUCAACUCUGCCCGCUGAAUCUCCAACAGGUCCGGACGACACAUCGGAAACACCUUCAUACCGUUCAACCUCUACUACAGGAACAGGCACGCAGUCACCGGUCGUUGAAGGGACAGUCAUUGGUGUUAAGAUUGACUGCAGAGCCAGUGGACUCACGUCGUUCCCAAGAAACCUCCCAGAGAACACACUAUUUAUAGACGUUUCCGACAACAAGAUAACCGAGCUGGCAAGAGACGACUUUGCAAAUCUAACCCAGUUGCGAAUAUUAUCGUUGUCAAGGAACAAACUGCGUCACAUCGACGAUGAAGUCUUUAAUCCACUUACAGAAUUGGAAAGAUUAGAUAUGAUUGCGUGUGGUUUGGACGAAAUACCUGCAAGAUUCUUCGCCUCACAAAGUAGACUGAAAUACCUAAAAUUAGCUCACAACAAUCUGAAAACCCUCGCUCGGAUGAGCCUAAUUGGGCUGGAUUCUCUGGUUGACCUUGAUGUUCGCGGUAACCAGAUUUCUGAUUUGGAGGUCGGAGUGUUUGAACAUACUCCUCGACUCUUCACCAUACAUUUUUCUGAAAAUAGACUGUCUUCGAUUCCAGCAUCCCUCCUGAGGCCACUGUGGAAUCUCAACUGGAUAUCUUUCCAAAGAAACGAUAUCAGCAAUAUAGAAAAAGGCGCCUUCUCUACAAAUGAGAUGCUAACUACUUUAAUGUUGGCCGAUAACAAGCUGACUGCUGUCACACGAGGUGUGUUUCACAACUUGACCAACCUGGUGUUGCUGACCUUACGGAACAACAGUAUACGACGUUUUGAAGAAGGAGCAUUCGACGGAAUGACAAAGCUUCAAACACUCAAACUGACUACGAAUCCGUUCACAUCGCUUCCACUUCGCAUAUUUGACAGGUUGACGAGAUUACAGAAAAUCUACUUCGAUCAUUUCUCGCUGUGUGGAUACGCCCCUCACGUCCGGCUCUGUAUGCCGAAGAGUGACGGCAUCUCAACAGCCGAGAAUCUCCUGGCCAAUCACCUUCUCCGCUUCGGGGUCUGGUUUGUGGCUCUCCUUGCCUCCGUGGGCAACGCCUUCGUCCUCUUCGCCCGCUGCUUCGUCAAAGAGGACAAGAAGACGCACUCAUUCUUCAUCAUGAACCUGGCUGUGGCUGACCUCUUGAUGGGGCUAUAUCUCCUCAUUAUCGGCACCCAUGACGUCAUCUUCAGAGGGACGUACAUCCUUCACGACCUUGCCUGGAGGACCAGUGUGAUCUGCAAACUUGGCGGGUUCCUUAGUCUCCUCUCAAGCGAGGUGUCAAUCAUGACGCUAGCGGUCAUCACAAUGGAUCGAUUCCUGAGUAUCGUCCACCCUUUUCGGUUUAAGAAUCGAAGUCUGCUUCAUGCGCGUCUCCUUAUGGCGUUCUUAUGGCUGCUUGGUAUCGCUCUGGGAACGCUACCUCUUGUGCACUUGACAUACUUCGGGGACUUAUACUAUGGAGGCAAUGGUGUCUGCUUACCCUUACAGAUCGACCAGCCGUUCUCGAACGGUUGGGAGUUCUCACUCGUCAUCUUCGUUGUGUUCAACCUCGUAGCCUUCAUGUUCAUCUCAUACGCGUACCUCAUGAUGUUCGUGACCAUUCGAAAGUCCAAUCUGGCCAUGAGAUCGACCAAGAAGAACCAAGACUGGGCCCUGGUGAAGAGGUUUACUCUCAUUGUGGCAACAGACUUGCUGUGCUGGAUGCCGAUCAUAGUCGUCAAAUUCAUUGCCCUCGGUGGUGUGCUUGUAUCACAGAGUGUAUACGCGUGGUUCGCCAUCUUUGUACUCCCAAUCAACUCCGCCCUAAACCCCAUUCUCUAUACCAUGACGACGGUCCUCUUCAAACAGAAAGUCCUGGCACCUCUGGGUAUUGUCAGAACGCAACGGAAGAAGGGAUACAUCACCGGCACGUCCGUCGAUGAAACAUCUUCCGGUGUGUCUAAGACCUCGGGGACGAGGUUGUCGAUCAUCUCGACCAAAUCUCGUGGUGGGUCCUGGAACGGGAGGCUGAGCUCACACAAGAAGUUGAGGAACUCCGAGGACUCUUUCAAUGGUUCGGUGGGCCAAUCGUACUCAAAGAAAAACAACUACCAAGAACUACCCACUUCUGAUCCGAUGCUCCCAAAGUCGCCUUGCAGAUGUGUAACUGAUGACGACAAUGCUGACUAAAAAGCUGGAGUUGGUGGGGAGGGGGAACUGUGACUAUUUUGGGUCCGGUUUCCCUGCAUGCUGCUACGAUUAUGAAUAUUCAGGAGUCAUAGACCAUGUGACUUGUGACAUCACAAUGUUUGCAGAAGAGCCACAGAGCCCUGGACUUCCUGCAGGCAUGAUUUUGUACACAGCUCGAUAAAAUAAAACAUUUAUUGUUUUAUGGAGAUUGCACUGUCUGAUUUGUAUCAACUUUUGAUAUGAUGAAAGGGAGCACAUCUCAGAAUUGCUUUAGCUGUUUCUUUUACAACUCUUGAUGUGGAAUGUAUGGCAUGUAUGUCCUAUUUUUAUAUGAUCAAUGCAGUAUCUUGCCUGCCGUGAAACGCACUGGAAUGUACAAGGGCACUUUUUGUAAACAAAGGUUACAUGGUCUGCCCAAGCACUGCUUGGUUUGGUGUGAGUGUAUACCAGGAAAGAUUAGAGCUAUCUGUAGCCCAGUGAGAUAAAGGACUUUUGAGGGAAAAUAGUCGCAUCCAGAUUGAAUGAUUGGUAAGAAUGUUAAGAAUGCUUUAAAGAAGUGAUUUCAUACGUUUCAUCAGCCUGCUUCAAACCUCAAUUAAUUGCCAAUAUCCACGCAUGCAGAUCAAAGAUCGAUAAUAAACAUUCUUCAGUUUUACAGUUGUAGCUUUCCAUUAUAAUGUGUUUAAGUAGAAAUACUCAAAAUGGGUGCAACGAGCGUUUUGAAUAUUUUUGUACAUUCCUGAAACAUCUCAACCCUUCCUUGUACAAAGUGGGACAAAAACGUCCUUCGGACACAUAGAGCAAGUUCGAUCAAGAGACUAAAGUUGACUAUUGUCGACCAUUUGGGCGAUUUUGCCUGGUACCCAUACCCAUGAUGUAUUUCAUGAAUAAGUAACCAUGGAACAUUGACUAGACAAAAUGGUCGCUGAUCGAACUUGCUCAUAGUAUGGUGGUGUUACUAAUCAACACACUGGCUGAAGUAGAGUGAGCUAAUACAUUGUAACACUGCUACAAGGUUUGGAUCGGACAGCCUUCUAGAAAUGAGCUAUUUCUCGGGAUUUAGAGCAACGGUCACACUAGGUUUCAAGUGUUUAGACCACGGUGUAAUGUUACACCAUUGGCCUCUUUUUAUCCAUGGUCACGCGGAGCCAGGACGGGGGAAAGUAGCACAGAGUGAGUAUAAUUACUGUAAGGGUUUCUUAUCUGUCGUGAACUUGGAAUUGGCUGAACCAUUAUACUUGAUGCAAACGGUAUUUACACUGACAAGAAGAACGGCAUUUGGUGGACUAACUACAUACAAAGUAAAUGUUUCUACAUUAAUGCUUUUUGAUAGUGAUUGUUUUCGCUUGUUGGUUAUCCGCAGGCUUGUUCUCUGUGUAGUCAAUGUAUUGCCUAUUCUUUGAUGUACUGUUUGCCUGGAAAUAAAUAAAAUAAAUAAAUUUUGUGAUUUUUAUAUCAGUCAAUGAAUAACACGAAUGUCCAUUAAUAUAGU